AUGAGAGAUUUGUCCUCACAAAGAUUUAUAUUUAGGGGAUUCACUUUGAGAGGGUUUCUCUUCACCCAGGGUGCAGCAGGUGCCUCCAAUUCCUUCUCCACAACUCUAGUCCCUCUGUUCGUGGGUUUAGGGUGCAGCAGCUUGGCCUUCAUCUCUGUUCGGGUUUUCUCCUCUCCCAACACAAAGUUGCAGACCCAUAAUUCCUCGCAAACCAAUCUCUCUUACUCUCACUUUAAAGCUUCUUCUUUUCUGCUUCAGCUUUUGGUGUUCGAUUUUCGUUACAUUAUGCAGUUGGAUCGAUAUGUGGCUAGGAGCAUGAAGGUUAAUUAUGUGGUAGGAUCCUACCUUGAUCCCCUUACAGUUAAGGCUUUUGGUGCAGGUAUACUGAUCAGACACAUGUUCAAGGAUAGUCCAUAUGCCUCUGGUUCUCCAUCAAAAGCCAUCUGCAUUAUUGAUCAUAAUUUGUUACUGAUAUUAUUUAUAGUUGAAGACUUGUGAAGCAUAUUAUGAAAGUGCUCAAUUUGUUAAUGUUUGUUGGAUUUGAAAAAAGAGUUGAUGUUAGGCUCUGUUUAUUAUUAUUAUCCAUAAUAAAUUCAAAUUUUUGGUAAAAACAAAUUCUAUUUAUAUAAUCGGCGACAACCAUUA